AUGCAAAAACUUUUACAGGUUCUUCGCUACUGUGAAGCUCUACAUGCCAGAUGGAACCUUCAAGAAAUCCGUGCUAUUUUCCUCAGAAGAUAUCUUCUUCAGAAUACAGCCCUCGAGAUGUUUUUGGCUUCAAGAACUGCCAUUAUGUUCGCUUUCGAUUCUGAAGAAACUGUGAAAAGAGUAGUUUAUCAGUUGCCAAGAGUUGGAGUUGGUGUCAAGUACGGUCUUCCACAAUCUAGAAAAACAUCACUAAUGACUCCUCGUCAAUUGUUCAAACAUUCGGACAUGUGUGUCAAGUGGCAGAAAAGAGAAAUCUCGAACUUCGAUUAUUUGAUGUUUUUGAAUACUGUAGCUGGACGUACAUUCAAUGAUUUGAGUCAGUACCCCGUUUUCCCGUGGAUUCUGACGAACUAUACAUCAGAUACGUUGGAUUUGAGUGUUGCUUCGAAUUUCAGAGACUUAUCGAAACCCAUCGGAGCACUGAGUGAAGCCCGGAGAAAGUUUUUCAAUGAUAGAUAUACAAGUUGGGAUGAUGAUCAAGUUCCUGCGUUCCACUACGGAACUCAUUACUCUACUCCUGCUUUCACUCUCAAUUGGCUGUUCAGAUUGGAACCGUUUGCAUCAAUGUUUAUCAAUCUUCAUGAUGGAAAGUUCGAUCAUCCAGAUAGAAUCACACAUUCAAUUAAAGACAGUUGGGAUAGAUGUCAAAGAGAUUCACACGAUGUAAAAGAACUCAUUCCGGAAUUGUUCUAUCUUCCUGAAAUGUUCCGGAACUCGUCGAAAUUCAACUUGGGACGAAGAGCUGAUGGAACGCCUGUUGAUGAUGUUAUUCUCCCUCCAUGGGCUGAAUCUCCGGAACAUUUUGUUCUAAUGCACAGACAGGCUCUCGAGUCCGACCUAGUCUCCUGCCAACUCAAUCAGUGGAUUGAUCUGAUUUUCGGAUACAAACAACGUGGUGCUGAAGCUGUACGAGCUACAAACGUUUUUUAUCAUCUGACUUAUGAAGGAACCGUAACACCGAAAAUGGCAGAAACGCCAGGACAAAUGGCAGCUAUCGAGCAACAAAUUUUGUCAUUUGGCCAGACACCUUCUCAGCUUCUUGCUGAAGCACACCCGCCGAGACAUUCCAUAAUGAGCAUGGCACCAACAAUGUUCAGAAGACAUGAUGAUGAUUUGUGUAUGAUGAUGAAAUAUAUUUCGAAUAGUCCAGUUGUUUAUCUUGCUGCCAACACUUUCCAUCAGCUGCCGCAGCCUACUGUAGUUGGAGUUGCACAAAAUUUGGUGUUUUCAUUGAACAAAUGGGACAACUCCUAUAGUUAUGGUGCUAGUCAACGAAGUGCACUUUCAAUGGAUCCCUCAAACGCUGAAGGUCAAGUUUCACUUCCAUUAACAGCUGAUCCUCAGCUGGCUACUGCUGCAUCAACAACGCCGAUUGCGCGGCGUCAUCUAGGAGAUGCAUUUGAUCAGAGACUCACUGUACAAUGCUCCAAUUUUGUCACAACUACUGACAGCAAAUACAUAUUUGCUUGUGGCUAUCCGGAUUAUAGUUUCAGAAUUGUGGACACCGAUUCUGGUCGAGUUCGACAAGCUGUCUAUGGUCAUGGAGACGUUGUGACCUGUAUUGCUCGUAGCGAAACGAGUCUUUUCAGUGACUGCUAUGUAGUUACAGGAAGUAUGGACUGUACCGUUGUAUUAUGGCAUUGGAAUGGAACGACCGGUUUCAUCGCUGGCGAGUAUAAUCAACCUGGAGAAGUACCAUCUCCUCGUUCGAUUCUCACUGGACACGAGGCUUCCAUAUCUUCUCUCUGUGUUUCGGCUGAACAUGGCUUGGUUGUCAGUGGAUGCGAAGACGGUGUUAUUCUUAUUCAUACAACAUCAUCUGAUCUUCUUCGAAGGAUUCGAGGACACGGAAUGGUCACUCAAUUGUCUAUGAGUAGAGAAUGUAUUCUUCUUGCGUUGUUUGAUUCGAAACGAAUGGUGACUUAUUCCUCGACUGCUAGAAAACUCAACGAAAUAUUAGUUGAUGAUAAAAUUGAAUGUGUGACAGUUACUCGCGAUGGAGAGUUCGCAGUAACGGGAGCAAUUAAUGGACGAAUUACGAUUUGGAGAAUGUUCCCCCUGACUAAAUUGUAUACAUAUCAGCCACUGAACAGUGCGGUUCGAUCUGUAGCGGUUGUUGCUUCUCAUCGUUUUAUUCUUGGUGGUCUCGACUCAGGAGCUAUAGUCGUGUUCAAUGCGGAUUUCAAUCGCUGGCACUACGAAUACAAACAUCGUUAUAUACAAAACAGCUCAGCAACGAGACCCUCGCAACCAUCGCCAUCGCCUCAAAAAUAA